AGCACCCCAGGUGAGACCCAGCCCCCCUGAGCAGCAACCCACCAGGGCAGGAGAGAAGAGGAGGUGUGGGUGUGGGCUCUCUCAAGAAGCUGGCAAAGGCAGUAGGCACAAGGCUCUCACUUCCUUCCCAGGGGGCACAUGCUUCUAAGCACCCCGUGCUUCAGAAAAGCACAUGGCAAGGACCUGUGGAGUCCUUCAGGAAGGACUGCAGCUGGAUUGCUGGAUCCCUGGCACUCGUGGUCUGUCUCUGGAGACAGCAGAUGAACAGUGUCAGACUGCGGGCAGCUCUGUGCACAGCUUUCUCUGCCACACUGGAGUGUGGCUGCCUGCCUUUCCACACCCUCCAACAGCUCUGCCAGGCCUUUGGACCUCUAUCGACAUGACCCAGAUAGUGGGAGUGAGAGGAGGAGGCUGAGCUUUGACUGAUGCUGGUGCUUUGGGUGUGUGCAGCCUGCUUUCUGUCUGUCCUGAUGCAAUGUCAUCUUAAAAAGCUCUGGGUCAGGCUAGCCCUAUGCCAUCCCCCAGAGCAGCUGAGGAGGCCUGGGCUUGGGGAUUCUUUUUUUAACAUUCAAAAGAGGAAAGCAGUCCUCAAGGAAAAGCUGAGCUCUCUUUGAUGAUGAUUCUUUCCUGCCCUCUGAACAGCCCUUCCCUUCCCAGGUAAAAGCAAACAAAGGCAAGCCCAGUGCUUAGGCAGUACCUUGCCUUGCUCCGGUGGUCCAUGAGGUCCUAAUCACUUCCCUGUGCCUCCCCCCCGCCGUGCCCCCGUUCAGCAGCGGAUGCUGGCGAGUGCUCCGUGGGCAGCGGCCAGCCCGCGGCAAUAAUGAGAGCAAGUCAGGCAGUGCCAUCCUAUGCAAGCCUCUGUCUGCUCUCUGUGUGCAUCUGCGAGAGCGCUCCCGCUCUCCCUUCUCCCCCUUCCCUCUCUUGCCUACCCCCCUCCUUCCACCAGCUCUUGUUCUUUUCAUGAGAUGCAGGGCUAGAGAGCCAAGCAAAGUGGCACACUACUGCUGCUUCUCCAGAGACAACUGUGGCCAAGCCGAGUCCUUCACUCUCCCUCAUGCACCGGGAGUCUGCAGACACUGUUCCUCAAGGUCCCAACCAGCCAUGCCCAUCAGGCACCCAAAGCCAUGUAGCCACCGCCCUGCUGCCAGCUGCAAGACAGAGCCUCUCUGACCACGCUGUCGGCUCGGACGCACCGGCAGAGAGGACAGGUCAAAGGCAGAACAGAGGGAUGAGGACUCGCCUGGGCUGCCUGUCUCACAAAUCAGACUCAUAUAAUGAUUUCACAGCUAUUCUUCCGGACAAGCCCAACCGGGCUUUGAAAAGACUGUCAACAGAGGAAGCCAUGAGAUGGGCAGAUUCUUUUGAUGUCCUUUUGUCCCAUAAAUAUGGGCUGGCUGCUUUCCGUGCUUUCCUGAAGACAGAGUUCAGUGAGGAGAACCUGGAGUUCUGGCUGGCCUGCGAGGACUUCAAGAAGACUCGCUCGGCAGCCAAGCUGGCGGCCAAGGCACAGCGCAUCUUUGAGGAGUUCAUCGACGUGCAGGCUCCUCGAGAGGUGAACAUAGACUUCCAGACGCGGGAGCUGACGAGAAGAAACAUGCAGGAGCCUUCUCUCUCUUGCUUUGACCAAGCUCAGGGGAAGGUGCACAGCCUGAUGGAGAAAGACUCUUAUCCCAGGUUCCUGAGAUCCAAAAUUUACACAGACCUGCUAUCUCAAACCCAGAGGAGGCUCAGCUAGAGCAGUGAUGUGGCCCCCAGAAGCCAUGUGCUUCCCACAGCAGCCAAAACCCAUGCCUAAAUGUGAAACCUCCUUGGUGUUGGAGGCGGUGGGAAUGAGAAAAGAGGGAGAAAGGGAAGAGGAGGCUUCCAGAGCAUGCUCCAGAUGUGAUAUUAGGACUCUCUGAGUUUCUGUGCUUCUUUUUUUUCAGUUAUCAGUAGCAUCUUGCAGUCGUUGCCUCUCUCUAGCAGAAGCCUAUAAUCCUCUCUAGUUGUGGGCUCAUCUCUUGCAGGGGCAGGUUUCCUUUAAGAUUGACUGCGUUGGUUUGCGUGUAAAUAACACCACUGCACCUUUCCACCCUUCCAGGCAUCUCUCCCUGGUGUUUGGAGGGGCGCUAAGGGCAGUUCUGAAGCCAAGGCUAGUCUCCCCUCCCCUGUGCUCUGGAUCCAGAGACGGGAGCGAAGGGAGAAGGCAAAAGCACACAAUUCAUGCUGCUUCCUGCAGCAGAAAGCAACCAAUGAACUCAGCUCACCUUUCCACUUGGGCUGCACACCUUGUGACACCAGCUGCUGCCCUGUCACAGCCCCUUAUCUUCCAGGGGUGGAGACGAGGAGUUAUUUUCUGUGUGGCCAUCAGGGAGCUGCUUUUGUCCCGAGGGAGGCGGUGACAGAAGCCCUUGCUGGAGCUCGCCAGGCGAGUCUUCUAGCGCCCACGGCUGCUUCCCGCUGCGAUUGUUUAUUGGGCUGGUGGCUCAGCCUCGGGAUCCCAGUCGUCGUUCAGGCUUCGUUGUGUUAGGCACCGUACCAAAACCUAGCACAAAGAGGCUCCUGGCUGCCAGCAGAAGCUUGGUGGCUUCUCAGGAAGCCUGCUAGCUGAUGGGAAAGAGUUGAGAGGAGGAAUGUCCCAUCUGCCCCAGGCUAAGACAUCAGAAGAGCACAAGAGCUGCCUGCUAGGACAGACGGCACUUCUCAUGCAGUAGCUGCCCAGCACACGGCCCGGAGAGGUAACCUGGGAAAAGUCACUCGCCCC